AUGGACCCUGCUCCUUCGAAGUCGACAACUUCCUUGAAGGGGAAACGGUACAAAGGAUUUCCAACUAAACAUUCGUAUAAGAAAGUUCGCAAGUCAAUUUCGUCGGGUGACAAUAGUGCGGUUCCCAGUCCUGAGCAAAGCUUCCAUGCAGAACGAUCGACGAAUCCUCCGUCGUCAGUUACUGUUAAGGAAGAAGUCCUCGAGUUUUCUUUACCCCGGAGUGCUCGUCCUUCUGUAUCUUUGUCUGUGCCAAAGUCUUCCUCAAGGCUCGAACCUAGGCUUUCUGUGGAAACUGUGGUAUUAGACUCUGACUCAUCAAACAGUGAGGACAAUGUGGUUCUAUCUACACUUCUUCACCAAACGAGAAGCGUUCGUAUCUAUCAAACUGCUUCUACCCCAAAACCACAGUCAAGUGGAGGUGUGUCUCCUAAGGUGGCCCCACCUCGAUCUAGUGAACAUGCUAAGUACUCCGGUGCUACUUCAUUCCAGGCUUCUCCCCAAACUGCUCCACCCUCUGUGGCAGAUGAUGAUGAUGAUUCUGAUGAUGAAGAUUAUGCUUUGGGAACGGAAGAAAAGACAGAGGCGGAAGCCACGUCCACAUCAACUGAGGACCAGACUGAAUCUCAUGAAAAGGACCCAUCUGAUCACAGAUUAACUAAAGAGUCGGGUGAGUCCUCGAUUCCUAGGUCAACUAAAGGAUCGGGUGAGUUUUCGUUUCCUGUGUCCCCACCAGGGCAUGUGGCAUCCUCUUCUGGCUUUUGGCGCCCUCUUACUAAAGGACAACAAGUUGUCUCCACCAAGGCUGGACGACAGAAGGUACCUCUAAAUGUGCCAUCCGUACCAAUUGAUGGUGUAUCUUUUCACUCUGAGGAAGGGGCACACAAAUGGAAAUAUGUGGUUAAGAGGCGAAUUGCAGACAAGGCUAAUAUUACUGAUCAGUAUAACUCUUGCCCUGCCAUUCUAUAA